AUGAAUACUAUUGGAGAAUUUUAUGAAUGGUUAAAAGAUAUAUAUAAUUACAGAUGCGCCGAAAUUAUAUCAUAUGAGAAUCUUAGACAUUCUUACACAUUAUUAGAUGAUGUUUUAGUAAAACGCGUAUUCCAAUGUCUUCCUAAUCAACCUCCUGAUAGACCGUUAAGAAAAAUUCCAUUGAUACCAACUUUAUAUGAUCAACAACAAUUUUUAGAAUGGAUAAGAGUACCAACGCCUCCAUUAUUAUUAUACACGCGUGAUUGGAUACAUGAACUGUCUCUGAAGUAUGGUAUACUCCUAAAACGCUCGUAUUUAGGACGUAGUGAGAAAGCAUGCCUCAAAUUUUCUAAAGAGCCUAAAAUAACAGAAAUGAAUAUAUUUACUGUUUUAUUAGCGCAACCCAAGACACAGCAAGAAGCGUAUUUAUUGAAUAAUGGCAUAAUUAUAAGAGAAAAUGAUGAAUUAGAUUUGAAAAAUAUUCCCUUUCUUGAUGAUAUUUUAGAAUUUAAUUUUCCUUUAGAAGAUUUUCAACAUCCUAAGGAACCAUCCAAAACGAUAUAUUGCCAAGUUAUUGCCAAAAUGGCAAAAAUUUCUUUUGACCUAGAAAAUAUUAAGCCUUUAGAAGAAGUUUCAGAGUUUGUUAAUAUUUCUCUUGGAAGUUGUGAACCGUACAAAAACCUUUGUGAAUUAUUUAGUAAUAAUUACGGACAUUUAGUUCCAAGAACUUUAAUUUUAGGGAGGAAAUUAUCAAUUGAACUUAAAUCUUGUGAUAUUUCUGAGAACACUAUUGAUACGCAAACAUAUAAUUAUGAUAAAUUUAAUGCAUUGGGAAUUAGACAAAUUUUAGCAAACUGGGAUGAUCAAUAUAAAUAUGUUGAUACGAGACUUUUUACGAGUGAUGGGGAAAUAAUCAGGCGAGAUAACAUUGAAAAUUGGUGGAAUAAUCUUAAAGAAAAUCCCAAUAAUUGGAAAGUUAUUUCUUAUGAAGAUUGGAUUCCAGUAUAUAAAAUAUUGAAAAAAACACAAAAUGAAAACAUUAAAGAACUAUUGAGUGAUCAAUACCGUAUAGUUUUUAGUGGAGAGGAAUCACUUCGGAAAAAUGAUCAAACUGUUAUAACUGUUAAAUUUCCCGGUCCUAUUGACAAUAAUUAUCAAAUUUAUGGAAGCGCUGUUAAGAAAAUUGCGGAUGGCAAUUGGGAAAGUAUUUCGGAUAUAAAGGUUAGAUUUAAGCAUACUAAUAAAUAUGGUUGUGUUGCAGUAUUACUUAAAAGUAGAGAAGCUAG